UGCUAACAAACAUAAUAUCAAGGACAGUAGCCUAUAAUAAUCAUGUAAGUUUAAGUCCUGUGUUUUCGCUCAGUUCCCCUAUAGUUCUAAGUGAAGAUCAGUUUUCCAGUCAGAGGCUUAGGUUCAAAUGUAAUGCUAGCUGAAAAGUAUGUGAUCCAGGCAAGUCACUCUGGCUAAUCUUGAUCCAGUUUUCAUGCUUGUGAAUGAUCAUCAUGAAGUGCUUCUUCAAGGGGCUGGGGUGUGGCUUGUAUGGGGCAUGUGUAGGAAGCACUCAAGUGAUUGGCACCUUAAAUGUUAACAUGUGUUAUGCUUUAUAGUGCAUUAUGCUGGUACAUAUGGUAAAGUACAAAAAGGAAGUCCUUAAUAGGGGAAAUUUGAGAAGUUUUAAAAUCCAGAUGUUACCUUUUUCCACAGAUAGUACAUAAAAACUGAAAUUUUGGGUUUAAUUAUUUAUUAUAUUUUUUAAGGAUUAUGUACAGUUGGGAAUAAAAUUUAGAAAUCUGGUUAGGAAUGAUACUUCUAGGUUGGUAAGCUGGGUGCUUGUUGCCAAUCAAGUUUGAAUGCCUGAAUUGCAUCCUCAAUCUCAAAGGACUCCAUGCAACACAAAAGUUCAUGCACAGAUACACACACAGGAACAGAGACACACACACAAGCCCACAUGCAUGCACACACACACACACACACACACAAACAUGCAUGUGCCCACACAUGCACACAUGUGCACACACACACAGCCAACCUGUAUGUUUUGAUCUCUCAUUCUGCUUCAAUACUCUGGUCACUGAGCUUUUCAUCUGUCUUAAAACAUUUUACAUUCCAGGUGUUUUUGAUUUGGGAUGCUUUUAUUAGUAAAUAGCCAUUUUGUAUUUUUAAAAUGGGGAAAAUAGCAUUACUUCCCUCCUAGAGUGUGGGGAUCUAUAGAGAUGUCUAUCACUUAGCACAGUUGAAGGUCACCAUGACAGCCCUUUAAAUACAGUCACUUAAUUUUAAAAAAAUAUUUGAUGAUAGUUCAAUACAACCUAUAUAUAGUUUUAUCAUAUAUUGAAGUAUUUGUGUCCUGGAUCCUAACUGUUUUCUAAGCAUCAUGCAACUGCAGGUGGGAUUGUUUAAAAGUCUGAGCUCUUUCUCUAGCACCCCUAACUUGGAGAUGUUGUUAAUACUUGUCUAAAGUGAACUGUGAGGAGAGCAUGCCAUAGUGUUUCUAGUUAAUGUAGGAAUCAUUCAGGUCUGACCGCUGCAUUACAAGAAUAGAAAUCCUUACACAUAUGAUUGGUAUUUUCUUGAAAGGUGAAACCACAGCUUUCUGUUCACUGUGACUACUGAACUGGCAUAUUAAUAUUGUAAUAAUUGUCUCAGUACAUAUGUGCUCAGGCGCGCAGCUGAUGGACGCUUUGAAACCACAUAAGCUUCUCCACUCAGCACUACACAGAGAACCAAUAGCCUUGCUGGAUGUGCGGCUUCUGCCAAGGACUGGAACAAGCUGCUUGGCCUCAUUUGCUAUAGGAAUGAUGGCUUGCAGAUCCAAUGGAAGGCCGGACCAUUUGAAAUACAAUUAUCCUGAAAAGCUGUGUUGUGAGAGCAAUCACCUCACAGACUUGUACCAGAGAGAGGAGAACAUUCAGGUGACAAGCAAUGGCCAUGUACAGAGUCCUCGUUUCCCAAACAGCUACCCAAGGAACCUGCUUCUGACAUGGUGGCUCCAUUCCCAGGAGAAAACACGGAUACAACUGUCCUUUGACCAUCAAUUCGGACUAGAGGAAGCAGAAAAUGGCAUUUGUAGGUAUGACUUUGUGGAAGUUGAAGAAGUCUCAGAAAGCAGCACUGUUGUCAGAGGAAGAUGGUGUGGCCAUAAGGAGAUCCCUCCAAGGAUAACUUCAAGAACAAACCAGAUUAAAAUCACAUUUAAGUCUGAUGACUACUUUGUGGCAAAACCUGGAUUCAAGAUUUAUUAUUCAUUUGUGGAAGAUUUCCAACCUGAAGCAGCCUCAGAGACCAACUGGGAAUCAGUUACAAGCUCUUUCUCUGGGGUGUCCUAUCACUCUCCAUCAAUAACGGACCCCACUCUCACUGCCGAUGCCCUGGACAAAACUAUCGCAGAAUUCGAUACCGUGGAAGAUCUACUUAAGCACUUCAAUCCAGUGUCUUGGCAAGAUGAUCUGGAGAAUUUGUAUCUGGACACCCCUCAUUAUAGAGGCAGGUCAUACCAUGAUCGGAAGUCCAAAGUGGACCUGGACAGGCUCAAUGAUGAUGUCAAGCGUUACAGUUGCACUCCCAGGAAUCACUCUGUGAACCUCAGGGAGGAGCUGAAGCUGACCAAUGCAGUCUUCUUCCCACGAUGCCUCCUCGUGCAGCGCUGUGGUGGCAACUGUGGUUGCGGAACUGUCAACUGGAAGUCCUGCACAUGCAGCUCAGGGAAGACAGUGAAGAAGUAUCACGAGGUAUUGAAGUUUGAGCCUGGACAUUUCAAGAGAAGGGGCAAAGCUAAGAAUAUGGCUCUUGUUGAUAUCCAGCUGGAUCAUCAUGAGCGAUGUGACUGUAUCUGCAGCUCAAGACCACCUCGAUAAAACACUAUGCACAUCUUUACUUUGAUUAUGAAAGGACCUUUAGGUUACAAAAACCCUAAGAAGCUUCUAAUCUCAGUGCAAUGAGUACAUAUGGAAAUGUCACUUUCUUAGUGCCAUGGCAAGAAGAAGCAUAUAUCAUCAAUUUCUAUAUACAUAAGCAUAGGAAUUCACUUAUCAAUAGUAUGUGAAGAUAUGUGUAUAUAUAUACUCAUAUACAUGUCUAGCUCUAUGUAUGUAAAUAGAUGAAAUACUUUAUUCAGUAUAUUUACUGAAGUCUGCUAGAGGCAAAUGAUAUUACUUGAUAUUUUGCUAAAAUAAGGGAAUGUGUCAAGCAUAUAAAAUAUCUUUCAAAAAAUUCAAAAGGUAAGUUUAUUCUAAAACUUUGUAUGACAAAAUACAUCAGAUUUUGCUCACUUAAAGAAGGCACUUGUCCAUUAAAUGAAAAAUGAGACUUUCUUAUGUGUAUACUCUAAUUAUGUGAAGACAAAUACAUAGUUUCUGGCAAUAAAAACAAGGUUUGAAAUAUUUUCUUCAUGAGAUGUACUACUCACCUACCAAUGUGGACAGUAAUUAUCUGUCUCCACAACUAUGCCAAAGUAAUACAGGAUAUUUAACAAUCAAGACAAUCAAGUCAUUAUGUCCUUUUCCAUGUAUUUUCUCAAUGCAAGCUAAGUAACUGAGCACCCUUCUCAAUGAAUUGCUCAGGGACUUGUGGUGAUAAAUAACAAGAAAUAUUCAAUAGCCAAGCAAUAGGUUGCUGCAGAAUUUUUGAUUUUUUUUUUUAUUUUAAAGUCUGCAGAAAAGCAAGUGUUUACAGGAAGAACAUGAUAUUCAUUACACAUGAGCCUUUAAAUAUGAUAGUCAUGGCAAGAUUUGGGUGAUAGAAAUUCAGAAAUAAGCAAAUGUUAACAUAACUGGAAAUCAAAUGGACUGUUUGAUAAGGUCUACAUUUAAAAGUGGGUCAAAAUCUUCUAAACUGUGCCAAUAAUUUUUCUGUGUUUUGCUCUUGCAUUUCUAUCUUUUCAAUAUAUACACAUGAACUUAUAUUGUUCUUAUAUGAGACAAGCUAUCAUGAAAUAUUUAUAGCCUUAAAUAUUUAUGCAUUAACAAAACACCUAGAGCCAGCUAAGUUGUGAAGGCACAGAUUUGGUCCUGCUGUUCCAAUGGAAAGCUUUUUGUUCUGAUUUUAUAGGAGUGAGUUAAGUUCCCUCAGUGGUGCCUCUACAUCUAUUCUAAAGAGACUGAGUCCAGAAACAGGAAGUUGCUCAUUGUUCUCCCAACAAAAUGUUUAGGAGGGAAUCCUGAAGUCAAAUUAGCUUGGUUCUGCUACUAGGAAACUAUAUUUUUCUUCCUGCCUUUAGAGUAGAAAAGAAAACCAAUUUAUUUGGUGAGUCCAACACUACCCUGAGCACAAAGUGUUUUGUUUCUGAAUCUGUGCACAGGCCCCUUUUGUCUGGUGUCAGAUGAGUAGCUUAUACACACUCACAUUGCCAAGGAUGAUGCUGUCUAAGCCAAGUUAACAGCUGUUAACAAAUCUGUGCUUACUGACACAUAUAUUCUAAAGGUUCUAUGCAGUCAAUUACCUGCCAGUUCUACUUAAAUGAUUAUUAAAAUUAAAUAGUAUAUUGUUGUCAAGCAUGCCACAGAACAAUGAGAAGUAAGCCUGGCCCAAUUUGCAAGCUUCCUGUGAAACAAUGGCUCCUAUAAAAAAAAAAAAAAA